AUGGAGCAGAACACAGAGCUGCAGAAAGAGGAGCAUUCUCAGAUUUCCCGAUCGCUUCCCAGGCGAGUGAGCUCCGAGCUGUGCCGCUGCUCUCACAUCACGGCCGACAGAAACAAACACACGGACCAGCGCGUUGCAAUCCCGCUCUUUGACUUGUACGUGUGGCGUUCGUGUAUCAGGGUCAGAAGAUCUUCCUGUGGAGAUGGUUAUGCUGCAAUGACCCGUGUGGCUUUUCUUUCCUCCAGAGAUCAUUCUCCAAUCAAAAGCGUGUGGCCAGAUCCGGUCAGGUCAUGGUUGGCAGGUUCACAUGAUGGACAGGUGAUGGAGUCGUCCAUCAUCCCUCAGCACUGA